UCCAGGCGAAUUGAAUCGGUCACUGUCCGCGAUAAGGGGCUUGACCGAAGGCUUGAGAUUCUCGCGAGGUGAGCCGACAAGUCCUGCAGAUGUCUUCAAUAAGGCGAUUGCACUAUUUUUACGCUUCGAUGUCUCUCCAUGCGUGAUUUUAUCAGUCAUUAUGAUGAUCCAGUUAUUCUAGAGAGGGAGAUGAGACAUUGUACCCAGAUCACAGGGGGAGGGAAACAUUACAACCAAAGUGUCCGAGGCUGCACCUGAUAUCUAACAAACAGGGAAGAAGAAGAUCUGGCUCUAUCAUUCCGCUUCACGUUUCUGUUCAUGUUUUAUGUCUCUUACUAUCUGGAGUUUGCUUCGUGCACACAUUAUCCCGGACACCAAACCGCAAAAUGAGUGAGGAAAUAUCAGAUGUCCCGAAAGAACUGCUUGAGAGCGUUAAGGAUGCUGUGGGGAGGAAGAUCAAACUGGUGGUUAAGAAGAGAGUUAAACUGGAGAUCAAAGGAGACAAGGUGGAGAACAGAAUCCUGGCAUUGGCGUCUCACCGGGCUUACCUCCUCAGCGCACGAAUCCCCACCAAGGUGGAGCAGACUUUCAAUUAUCUGGAGAUUCAAGGCAUCACAUGUAACAAACCCACACAGUUUGCAGUGGAAUAUGAGCGGGGUCAGAUUUCUCUGAAGAUGGCAUCUACAGAGGAGGUGAAUGAGGUGGUGGCUCACAUAGGCAGCUGUUUACAGAGGAUCUGCCCUGGCCUGCCACCUCUGAAGGUGAUGAAGAGGUUGUCCAUGGAUCCUCCUGAUAGAAUCAGCUCUCUACAGACCCUUUGGGAGAAUCAGAGUGGAUCUGAGCCGGGGCCCUGUGGGGGUUUCUCGCAGCAGUACAGGUGUGUGUGUGAUUGGUUAGGCCUUCCCUACAAAGAAGAGGUUCAGUGGGAUGUGGACACGAUUUAUCUGACACAGGACACAAGAGAACUGAACUUGCAGGACUUCAGUCAUCUAGAGAACAGGGAUUUGGUGGCGAUAAUCGCAGUGCUGGAAUAUAACCAGUGGUUCACCAAGCUCUCCACCAAGGAUUAUAAACUGUCUGCAGAUGUCUGCGAUCAAAUUCUGAGAGUUGUGGCCCGAUCGAGUCGGCUAGAGGAGUUGGUUCUGGACAAUGCUGGUCUCAAAACGGACUUUGCACAGAAAUUGGCAAAUGCCCUCGCCCACAAUACCAACUCAGGACUGCACACCUUAAACCUUGCCAACAAUCCUCUCGAGGACAGAGGAAUUGCCUCUCUGGGUGCACAGUUUGCCAAACUCCGCAAGGGCUUCAAGCAUCUAAACUUCUCCAGAACCUCAUUGUCACCCAAAGGGGUGAACAGCCUUGCUCAGUCACUGAGUGCCAACCCGUCCACCCCCAACACACUCACCCAUCUUGACCUCUCAGGAAAUGUGCUGCGGGGGGAUGACCUUCCGAAUUUCUACAAUUUCCUUGGCCAGCCCAACACCCUGCACACCCUGGACCUGUCCAACACAGACUGCUCACUUGACUUAGUGUGUUCUGCGCUGCUCAGAGGUUCUGUCCAGCACCUCACCAUCCUUAAUGUGUCAAAAAGCAUCUUUGCCCUCAGGAAAGGUAAAGAUGCACCUCCUGCGUUUAAGCACUUUUUCAGCAGUGCAAUGGUUCUCAACACUAUCAACGUAUCAGGAACCAAAUUACACCCAGAGGCCUUAAAAGCUCUUCUGUUGGGUCUGGCCAGUAAUCCCAAUGUUAAAGACGUCUCUCUGGACCUCAGCUGUUGUGAGCUGCGGUCCGGAGGCUCCCAGAUUCUGGAGGGCUGUAUUGCUGAAAUUCCCAACAUCUCCUGUCUGGACAUCUCUGAUAACGGUCUGGACUCUGAUAUGGCAACUCUUUUAGUAUGGCUGGCUAAGAACCGCUCAAUAAGACAUCUGUCACUGGGCAAAAACUUCAACAAUAUCAAAUCAAAAAAUCUGGCUCCUGUCUUGGACAACCUGGUGCACAUGAUUCAAGAGGAAGAAUCGCCUUUGACAUCUCUCUCUUUGGCGGAUUCCAAGCUAAAGACUGAGCUCACCAUUGUGCUGAACGCUCUGGGCAGUAACAGUUCUUUAACUCGUGUGGACAUCAGUGGGAAUGGAAUGGGUGACAUGGGAGCAAAGAUGCUGGCCAAAGCUCUGCAGAUCAACAGCAAACUCCGGACGGUCAUCUGGGACAGAAACAACAUCAGUCCACAAGGUCUUCAGGAUGUGGCAGCUGCAUUGGAGAAGAACUUUGCCAUCCGGUUCAUGCCAAUCCCCAUCAUAGAUGCAUCUCAGGCCCUCAAAGCCAGUCCUGAGAAGACGGAGGACGCGUUGCUAAAGAUUGAAAGUUACCUGUACAGGAACCAUGAAACCCGCAAGUACGUCCAAGAGCAAGCUUACCGACUCCAGCAGGGCAUUGUCACCACCACCACACAGCAGAUGAUCGACCGGAUAUGUGUGAAAGUCCAGGACCAUCUCAACUCUCUCAAGAACACAGAGAAAGACACUAUCCAGGAGGAUGUCAGAAUGGCAGAGAACCUCAUGAAGGAUGCUAAAAACUCAAAAACACUUCUACCCAACCUGUACCACCUGGGCGCUGCGUCCAGAGAGGAGGUCAGUGCCUCUUCAGUGGGACCCAUCCAGGCGAAGCUGGACUCUAUGGCAGGAGAGGUGGCACGGGUCAUGGAUGAGCAACUCCAGAUGUUGCUUGAGUCAAUGGUGGGUGCAGCCAUGGGUCUGUGUCCUCACGUCAUGAAGAAAUCCAACCUGCGGCAGGAUCUUAUCAAAGCCGGCAUGACUAAGAUGGUCGUUCCUCAAAGCUUCAUCAAGAACACACUCCUUGAACAGUCUGGCAUCGACAUUAUGAACAAGAUCAGUGAAGUGAAGCUCAGCCUGGCAUCAUUCAUCUCCGAUCGAAUCGUUGAUGAGAUUUUAGAGGCACUUUCCAGCUCACAGCAGACACUGGCAGAGCACCUGUCCGGGAAAGAGCGCCACAUGCCACAGCAGGAAUUUCUUGACAUGGACGUUCCCGAGGAGAAAGUUCCUAAACGCUCCACCACAGAGCUGAUGGAGGGGGAGAGGCUGGAUGACCUGGAGACCUGCAUGAUGACACCCAAGUCAAAGAGAAAGAGCAUUCACAGUCGAAUGCUGAGGCCAGUCUCCAGAGCGUUUGAGAUGGAGUUUGACUUGGAUAAAGCUCUUGAGGAUGUGCCCAUUCACAUAGAAGACCCCUACCCACCUCCUAAACUAGAAAAAAAGCCAUCUACAACCGUGGGAGAACUUCCAUCAGAGGAAUGCAAGAAACUACAACACUAUACCAAACUGCGGCCCAAGAGGAAUAAAAAGACCAAUUCCAGCAAGAUUCCACAGAUCAGCAGCACUCCAUCUCAGGAAGGAGAACAGAAUGGGCUCAUGGGAAGGGUGGAUGAAGGAGUCGAUGAGUUUUUCUCUAAAAGAGUCACCAAAAUAUAUGAUAAACGGUCAUCUCUAAAGAGUUCUGAAUCUCAAGACAGCGAUAAGAAACGAGAAUCUCGCAAGGGUGGUUUCCUCAACCUUAUCAAGUCCCGGUCCAGCAAAUAUGAUAAAGACAAGGACAAGGAGAAAAAUCAGGCCCCUGCUCCUUCCCCAGCUCCGACUCCAUCCACUGCCCUGAGCCAGACAGCUCCUCUAGCUCAAGAGGAGCCCUCCUCCCCUAAGGGUCCUGUCCGGAGCCCACCAGCCGAUGCUAAAGCCAAAUCCCAGACCCCGCCUGCAAACCACAGCAGCAGCUCAGAGCGCUCAGAGGAGCCAAAGACUCCAGACUCGGUGGACUCAGAGCUGUCAGAGGGCAGUCCUCAGGGCAACCGCAGAUAUGGUGUGCAGGUGAUGGGCAGCGGACUGCUGGCCGAAAUGAAGGCCAAACAGGAGAAGAGGAGCCCCUUUGGCUCUCAAAAGGUAUCAGAGUCUUCCUCUAAUUCGGACAAACCAGAUGGACCACCAUUAGGAAAGGGUCAUUCUCCAGGGAUAAGCAAGACUGAGGGGAAUGUUAGCUCUCUAGAGAAAGUCUCUCGUGCUGCAGUGGAGGGCAAGCCUGAGACGGCCCCGAGACCGAGGACAUCCACAGGCACCAAACCAGCCCUGGCAGCUCGACCUGCCAUCCCCCAGAAACCACGAACCGGCAGUGUGAGAAGCAUAGAUGAGAGCACUGAUUCUCCUACUGGAGGCCCCAAGGGCCCAGGACUGCCAGCACUGAGGAAGGUGCCCUCAGAGAAAGAGGGACCCAACAGUCCUUCACAGACCAGCAAGAAUUCUGCUCAGGAAGCAGAGCUGACGGCAGACAUUAGUGUGUUUGAAUCAGACUCUGAGCUGGCCUCCAGAGCUCGAGCCGCACAGCAGCAUUCAGAGGACGAGAGUCAUCCAGAGCACAGCACACCGCUCUCCAGGCCUGUGAGGAUGUCCACUGCAACUGAUCCCUCCCAGAAGUCCACUCGAUUGAACUCUGAAGAGAGCAACUCUAAGACCAAGGACACGCCCCUCAACAGCAACAAAGACAAGGACUUGAGUCAAAGCAGCAAGUCCGCUGACUCUGGAGAGGAGGUUGAUAAAGACUUUAUUUUUGUAUGAGAACGAAAGACCGGUUCACCGUGCAUCAUUCCAUCUUGCCAAUACAAACCUUACCAGAUUUUCUGACACCAACUUUCCCAACUGUUGGGAAACUGCGUGUUUUGAAUCCAUAUGUGCAUGCUUGCAUGCUUAUUUCCACCGUUCCCUUCAAAAGAAAGACGAAACUGCUAUAUGACGUGUCUUGCUUUAGGAAGCGUCUUGGUAGCGUUGUAACACAUUCAGUACCAGGGCUCAAGCACUGUUAGACUAUGUGUGCUUAUACUGUAUGCACAAGUUCUCACUGUGUUAAAAUACCCUUUACUCGCUCUUAAAGCGGCAGACAAGUCUUUGAUUCUGUUCUGUCUGUUUAACCCUUAUGCCUUAGUCACACUUUAAUGUAAUCUGAGUCAAAGCAGGACACCGAGGCAUUUCAUUUUCUACUUUUAGAAAAUAAAAACUCUGGAGACACAAUGAAUAUUAUCUGUUUAACAGUGAGUGUGCGGUUUUAUCUGCUUAAGUUUCCGGCUUCAUUCCGAGAUGUGUCCAUCCAGUGGUCUGUUGGUUUCUUUUCCAUAAUUGUAAAGUAAUGAUGAAAUCCUUUUCAUUUAUUUGAUUUUUUUCCUGGUUAACUGUAUUUUAAAGAUAGUAUAAAAUAAUAAAAAUAUAUUUUAUUAUUUACUUGCUCUUAUGCCAUUCCAAUUCAGUAUGCUGUUGUUAUUUUUUUAUUUUAUUUUUUUUUUUGUGGAAAUUUUAUAGUGUUCAGGGGCUGUCAAUCUCCAAAAACACCAAAAAAGCCCCAUAGAAGUAUUAAACAAGUAGUCCUUACGACUAUAUACAAAUAUAUGCACUAUACUCUAUAUUUUUAGUUAUUUUUAUAGUUGUCUUUUGAAGCCAUACAAUAUCUUUGUGUGUGGAGCAGACCGAACUAAAUCGUUCACUGAUAAUCUUCCUUUCAAAUACUUUUAUGGUGUUUUUAUGGUGUUUUUUUGUCUUUUUUAGAAAAAUAUAAAAGCAUAUGGGUUUGGAACAAUAAGAGGCUGGGUAUAAAAUGAAAUUGGGUCUAUUCCAAAACCUAGUGAGCAUCCUCUGGAGGAUGUUUUAAAAUUAAGGUAUUUUAAGCUCCCGACGCAAAGGCUGUUUGCAAAAGGUAGGUAUCUUAAUUAUGCUGCCUCUUAAGAUAUCUAGUUUUGGCCAAAUUCUCAGGUAGCAUCCGAUGUAUCCUUCCCCAGGAAGGUGAUCCCAGAAUGCACCGCGAUGAGCUGGGCAGGAAAAUAAAUUCAAGAUGGCGGACUGAAAAGUAUCAAUAUAUAACAGUUUAAUAUGAUACAAAAUGACUAUUUUACCCAAAAUGUGUGUGUGCUGUGCGUAUUUAUGCUCAUUAGAGGAUUGCGUUUUUUUCCUCACGUCACCUGUAUUGUUGUGAAUCGAGUGAAUGAUGCGCAGAGCUGCCGCCUAUGUAGAGUGUUCCAAAUCGCUCUCUUAUGAGGCAUCAUUUAAGUAAGGAUGCUGCUAUAGAAGACAGCUGGCUAUGUAGGCAGGAGACAGUGAGGCAGCUCACUAAGUUUUGGAACAGAACCAUAGUUUUCAUUUUUAGGGUCUUGUUGACAAUGAUUUGACUUUCAGAUGUUUCUCUUGUUUUUCCAAAAGUCUGUUCUCCCGGUCUGUCUAAUUGCACUGGCUGUUUCUCUUCUGUUUUUAUGUCAUAAUGAAUAAUAUUUUAUUAAUUGUGGGGGGAAAAAGCAUUAGAUUUUUUCCCCUCCAAAACAGACAACUACAUGUAUUUGUCACUUUGUCAGUAUGUUUGAUAUGCAUGUUGAGAAGCCUGGUGUGUGUGUGUGUGUGUGUGUGUGUGUGUGUGUGUGUGUGUGUGUGUGUGUGU